GCAGCUUCGGACGUCGCACGAGACGUGAGCUGCGCUCCUUCCGCGACGACCCCGCUCGAAUGGUGCGUUUUCGAGGAGCGCAGUGAAAGUGGCCGCGCCAGGAAAACGGCUGCAAACGACUCUGAGUGAGUGGCCUGUAGGGCGGCGCUCGCGAUGUGGCCGCCGCUCGCGCUCGUCGUCGGUCAGUAAAUAAACAAACAAACAAAAAAAAAAAAAAAAUAGAGCGUCCGGGAGGAAGAGGAAAGAGCAGCCGGAUCUGAGGCAGUCGCUCGGUCUGCGGGUCCGUCGGGUGGCGUUUGCAGCGCCUGGCUGUUGCGGUCCGUGGAAGCUCUGACGAACGGAACGGACCUGCUCAUCUUCCCGAAUUCUUCCGCAGCUCCGGAGCUCAACCCACAGGCAUGGAGUCCCAGGUGACGCCCAGGACGUCUCCUCACGCCCGUCCUCACUCGUCUCCUCGUUCUGUCCCCCGUCAGUGUAAGCAGCGCGUCUUCACCGGAGUUGUGACUCAGCUGCAGGACCACUUUGGGAUGGUAGACCAGGAAGUGCACUUUCAGAUGAGUGUGGUCAUAGGGCGAAUUCCUCAGCUGGGAGAGAAGGUGCUGGUGAAGGCCGUGUUGGAUCCGUCCGUGUCGGUCAACUGGACGGCGCAGAGGGUGCAGACCCUCAACGGUCAGCCGUUCAAGUCUCCCCCUCCCCUGCUGCCGUCCAUGGUGCCGAGUCAGAAGCCGGGGAUCCUGGGAAGCAAACCGCAGCCCCUCCUCAAGUCUCCCAAGAUACCUCCGCUUAUACCCAGCAUGCAGCAGAACACGCCGAAGCCGGGUUUACUGCAGACCCCCCUGCAGCCGCCGUGGGGAGGCCCGUUCGACGGUUGGGGUGGCGCCAACAGGAAGCGGCCGAGCGAUGGAAUAGGUGGACGACGGACCGGGCGCUGGGAGGACAGUGGUGCCUGGGGGGGGGACGGCGUGCACCAGAAGAGACGCCGCUGGAGGGGAGCGCUGGACGAGGGUGUCGUGAAGAAGAGCAGCCCCCCUGCUCCCCAGAGCUGCCCCCUCUUCUCGCGCUUCCCCAGAGACGGCUCAGCGUGUGACAGUUUGGAGAUGCAGAGGAGGUACCCCCACCUCCCGCUGCCCGAUUCCUUCUUCCACCUGCAGCUCUCCUGGACCGAGAGCUUUCCCCCCGACCGCCCCCUUACCCUCCCCGGGCCCUGCCGCUUCCACGUCGGUUCUUCCCAGUCGCCCGCCCCAGUUGCGAGCGCCGCUGGCUCUGGUGCCGAGUACACAGCCAAAGUCAUAUUGCUGUCAGUGCCAUCUGUGGAAGAGCUGUGCCAGCGCUGCUGUGGACUUUCCCAAGAGCACCAAGACACGGCAGGGGGCGCUGUGCACCCCACGGCACUCAUCAAGUUCUUGCUGGGUGAAGCAGGCGGUGAGCUCCAGGUGCUGGGGGGCCACUGGUGCCCCCAGGAAGAUGGCGUGAGCCCAGCCAAGGAACCGCUGUCCCUCGUCCGCACCGCCGUGCGCUGCGUGAAGGAGCAGGCCGGACUGGACCUGGGCCCCUGCUCGCAAUGGUUCAGGCUGGCAGAGGUGAGGUACCUGAGUGCGGAGAAGGUGGAGACGGUCGUGUUCUUCCUGCCUGACGUGUGGCGGAUUGUCCCCACCGAGGAGGAGUGGGCUGCACUGAGGACCAAGGCCGAUGGAGUAAAAGAGGAAGAUGAAAGCCCUCUACCAGGAGACCCGUCUCUGGUGCUGCACCCGUGUUCUGGGCUCAACCUGUCAGCGCUGCCUCUCUCAUCUCUGCUGGAGCCCCGAAACUCCCAGUCCCGGGAUGCCUUUGAGGUGGGGCUGGUCGCAGAACUGUUCAGUGAGAUGCUGCAGAGGGACUUUGGCCUUCAGAUCUACAGGAGUCUCUGCAGCCUGUCCCAGUGUCCCCAGAGCAAGGAGGACGAAGGCGAGGACAGCCGGGCUGCCGCAGCGGAGGACAAACCGCAGACGACAGUGAAAGGAAAGAGGAAGUCCGACAUGAAGAACAGGAAAUGGAAACACGGCCGCCAGCAGAUGGAGGGCGAGGCCGAAAGCGAGGAGGACCAGGGUGAGGACGAGACGGAUGAGGAACUGGAGGAGAGGAGUCAUGAGGAGGAGGAGAAAAAGGGCAGAGAGACCAAGACAACAGGAGAUGAUGGGAAGAUGCAGCCGGUGACAUCGGCUAAUUCAGACAGCACCCCGACCAAGAAGAGCGAGCAGCCCCUGUGCUGGAGUGCAGUGCUGCCUCGCUCCCUACUGCUGGCCUGGGUCUUCUUUGACCGACAGCUGACGGGCAGCUUACGGGAGAGGGACCUGCAGGACCUCCUGCUGUCACUUGGCCUCCACCUCAGCCCUGGACAGGCAAAGGAGCUCGCAAGCCGAGCAACCAUUGGGGGGCAGUGCCAUUACAGGAGGUUGGCUGGACACUGGGAGAACCUAGAGGUCAAGGAGGACUCGCUGUCGGGCCGUGCUGUGCAAGGAAAUGCCUCUCUGUUGGCAUCUGCCCCGUCAAAGGGCAGCGUCUCUACCCGAAGGUCUGGUGGGAGCAACAGUGUGGACACUGUGACUUACAAAGGAACUGUAGUGAACAUCCCCAACCUGCUGCAUUCUUUGAAGAAGGAGGAAUCCAAGUGCCAGGGACUGGAGCAGCGUGUCGCCUCCCUGCAGGCCAGACUAGUGGAACUAGAGUCGGGGGCCGUGGCGCUGUCAGCCCUGCGAGAAGGACAGGAGGACCUGCAAGUACGCCUGGAGAGGGCAGAGAGACGUAACACAGCCUACGAACGGAGCCUGAAGGAGAACGCCGGCCACAUGAUUGCUGUGAUUGAAAAAAUGCAGAAGCUCGUCGAUAAGACGACGAGCCUCGCCGAGGCAAGGAGCGCAGGAGUGGAGAAGGUCUGACUGCGGAUGGAAGCACCCUGGAGGGCACGCCGAGCUCAUCGGAGAACCACGCGCAACACACGCCGGCAACAGUGAGGGACUGGUGGGCAUCACGCCCAGGAACACUCUCUCUCAGACUUGGACACGGGUUGAUUGGAAAGCUACUUGGGCUGUUUGAAGAAGAAUCCUAAAUUACACACUGAUCAAAAAUUUGGUAAAAUUUCUCAUGACUGACAAAAAGACUGACUAAUGCAGAGGUGGUCAGUCUCUAAAUACACACCUGCUCUGUGUAUAUCUUUGUAAAACUUGCUCUGUUAUAAUUCACUUCCUGAAUUUUCUUCCCCUCCCAUGCAGAGAAUGGGACACGGGGUAUUUUAAAGACUGUACAGAGCUAUUGAGGUGUAGGAUAUUUAGUCAUCUUCUAUAUUAUUUUUCUGUUUUAUGUUUUGAUGUCAAUAUUAAGACACGAGGGCAGCUCCCCAGUUAAUUUUCUUUUUGCUUCAUUGUUCCUCAAAAUUCCUGUUUGGCAAAA